UAAUAAACUAGAAACUAACCAUUUUUAUAAAAAUUUCUGAGUAAUCCUUUACUGGGAUUUUUCUAUAAGUUCGGAAUAUUUUUUUUAGCGUAAUUAACACAUAGAAUCUCGUUACACAACAUGCAUAAAAUCAUAUUACUCUUAACAUUUACUGUACUUAUAAGUUAUUCAUUAUCUAAAAAAUUUAACGAAAACGAAAAACCAGAAUGGGCCAAAAAAGAUAUCCGAGAUUUUUCGGAUGCUGAUAUGGAAAGACUUUUAGAUCAAUGGGAGGAAGAUGAAGAACCACUUGAACCGGAUGAAUUGCCAGAACAUUUACGACCACCACCCCAAGUGGACUUUAGCAAAAUGACAAAUCCGGAGGAUAUGUUAAAAGCAUCCAAAAAAGGACGUACUUUAAUGAGUUUUGUAAGCGUAAAUGGAAAUCCUACCCGAGAAGAGACUGAUCAAAUUACACGGCUAUGGCAAAAUAGCUUAAGGAAUGCACACAUUCAAGCCGAAAGAUAUCUUAUUGAUGAUAAUCGAGCAAUAUUUAUGUUUGCGGAUGGUGCUCAAUCAUGGGAAGCCAAAGAGUAUUUGAUAAAUCAAGAAAGAUGUUUAGACGUAACAAUCGAACAAAAAAAAUAUGACGGUUUACAUAAUAAACAAAAAACAACUAAGUCGGUAGAUGAAUUAUAAUUUAAAGUUUAAUUAAUUAUAUUAUUAUAGGUUGAGAUUAUUCGGACACUAUCGGGUGUUUAACGUGAGUCUCACGUUAAAAUAAUUUGUCAAAAUAUAUCUCCUUCAGGACCCACAAUAAAAAUAUUUAACUAGAUUAAAAUUAUUAUUAAUUAGUUAGACCAGUUUCGAUUGCUUUGGCAAUC